AUGGAUCUUCGUGAUAUAGCAGCAACGACAGGCUUUGCAAGCUAUAGCUUGCGCCACCCUCGCGAGGCCCUCUCCAGCUUCGGUCCAACCGUGAACGAGGCAACCUUUGGUUUACUUGGGGCGUCCUUCAAGCCAGAUCGCGACAUCCGCAAUCUCGAUGGCAAGGUUGUCCUUGUCACUGGUGGUAACUUCCUCCUGGACUCUAUAGCUUCUCAGGUAUACACAACUGACACAAUGUAUCUCACAGGUAACGCCGGUAUAGGCAAAGAAACCAUCCUCCAACUCGCCAAGCACCGCCCCUCACGAAUCUACAUGGCCGCCCGCACCGAGAGCAAAGCGCGCGAAUCGAUUCAAUCCCUGCAAGACCAGCUGUCCUCGCCAGCGGAUAUUCGCUACCUUCCCCUCGACCUCUCCUCCUUCAAGUCGAUCCGUGCCGCCGCAGACCAGUUCCAGGCUGAGAGCGAUCGCUUGGAUAUACUCAUCCUUAAUGCGGGGACUAUGGGGAACCCGCCUACAAAAACGAUGGAAGGAUUCGAGGUCCAACUCGGCACAAACCAUAUAGGACACUUCCUAUUGACCAAAUUGUUGUUACCGACCUUGCUGCAGACCAUUGAUCAUGACCGUGCCAAGGGCGAUACCCCGGAUGUGCGCGUCGUAACUGUAGCCUCGGCUGCUCACGCGGUCGGGCCGUCGACAUUUGAGGACAUGGUUUCUACGCCUGGACUGUUGGCUGGCAGUACUUGGACUCGGUAUGGUGCUUCCAAAGCGGCUAAUAUAUUCUUUGCAGCUGAGUUGGCUCGUCGGUAUCCAGAUAUCUUGUCUGUUGCUGUGCAUCCCGGGGCUGUUGAUAGCGGCCUAUAUAGCCAUACCAAAGACCUGAACUGGAUGAUGAAGUACAGUUUAAAUGUUACUGGUUCUGCAUUCUUCCGCACUGUCACCAGUGGAGCGCUCAAUUCUCUUUGGGCGGCUGGUACGCAGAAGGACAAGCUGAUUAACGGUGCUUAUUAUGGACCUGUAGGAUAUCGUUGCGGUGGCACUGCUUUUGUUCAAAAUGCCGAUGUUGCUCGCAAACUAUGGGAUUGGACCGAGGGCCAGGUUUCGAAGCACUGA